AUGCGAGGUUGGACACUAGUCAUCAGCUUCAUCUCAUUCAUGCGUUUUCAUAUCAAUAGUUCAACUCUAUGGCCUCCAUGGCCGAUAACAUGGAAUCUGACAGUUAAUGAAUCUACGAAGGAAGACGUACAACCGGUUGUCCACAUCUACCUAAAUUGUUCUUGUAGCUACACCAACAAGUGCACACCUUCAAUACGUCAUGGAUACACAUUCAUCAGGCAAAUUGACAAGCAGUAUCAGAAAAAUUUAUGUUACAACAAAGAGCAAUCAGUGGUAUGCCGUCGCAAUACUACAAUGAGCAGGAACUCCAAAUGGUUGUUUAAGGCCUUGAAUGAUUUGAAAAACGCAACAAUGGUCAAAUGUUUGAAGUCAAUCUUAAAUAAUACUGAAUAUCAAGCAAAAGAAAAAGGAAAUCAGCUUGAGAAUGAUACUACACUACGCAACUCCGUGGAACCAAUCUUAGCUUUCUCCAAAGACAAGAAUGAGAUCGCGAAUGAUACAUUCACACAACUCUCAACCCUUGUGCCUGGUAAUUCUCUUCAAGAUAAAAGAGCGAAUAAACUGCGUAAUUCUGCCAAGGAGACGAAACACGGACAUCGAAGCACCCUUUUUGCUGCCUUGAUCAUAUCAUUAGCUCUGGCAAAUACCGUAUUCUUGGUUUUGCUAGCCAUAUGUUUGAUUCUAUAUUUCAAGACGAAGAAAGAUGAAGACAUUAAUGCCACAGCCAGGAGAAGCAGACUUUCUUCCAUAAAACGGCGAAAGCGGAAUAGGCCGAAAAAAGGGAAAGAGGAACACUUAACAAAGACAUCACAAUCGGCUCUGAGUACAACAAAGAUGUCGCAUGUAAAAGAUGAGAGCAAGAUGAAGAAGGACACUGGAAUUCAACUUACAGUUGUCACGCCCGAUAAAUUUGAUGCAGCGUCUAUCCAGCCCAAUGCUUGCAACGAUCAAGAUUUGCAAACAGCAGUUCAGUGCUCACCUGAAAUGAAGAACAUCAACAUCUCUCCUGGUACUGGGAGCGUCGCACCACGUUCUACCACUUUACAAGUCGUACCGAAACAAUCGGUGCAAAUGCCAGUAAAGUCAUCUUUUACUGGAGCGCAACAGAGUCCUGCGAAACCAGCUUUUCCACAUAUACCGUGGUUUCAGCCAAGAAGAGAAGACAGAUCCGUAUUUGCAGCAGGAAAUUUACAGUCGGAACAUGCAUUCCAAUAA